CAGGUCCAAGUGCGUUAUAGACAGCUUGUCCAUCCUUCCCCGCCCGCGAGAUACCAGCACCUUCCAUGACGUCUCUGUCCUGUGCCCGGAAGUCGGCGGAGAUGACCAUGAAAACUGGUGGCUAGAGGGGCCCACACUUUCCCUCCCAGCCCUCACUUCCGCCGGAAGUGGCCUCCGGUCUCAAGUGCCCUUUCCUUGUUGCACGCGCCAACCCCGGCUGCUUGGGGUGCGAGUACGACCACCAUGGCGGCCGCCACCCUGCUGCGCGCGCCUCUCUUCAGCGGUCUCGGCGCCGGCCCAACCCCGCUACUGCAGGGUCUGUUGCGGCCGCUGAAGGUCCCAGCACUGUCCCACUUGUGUCGCGGCCUGGCCGUGGAGGCCAAGAAGACCUAUGUGCGCGACAAGCCCCAUGUGAACGUGGGUACCAUCGGCCAUGUGGACCACGGCAAGACCACACUGACCGCUGCCAUCACUAAAAUUUUAGCUGAGGGAGGUGGAGCCAAGUUUAAGAAAUAUGAGGAGAUUGACAAUGCCCCGGAGGAGCGAGCCCGUGGUAUCACAAUCAAUGCGGCACAUGUGGAGUACAGCACUGCUGCCCGCCACUAUGCCCACACAGACUGUCCGGGUCACGCAGAUUACGUUAAGAAUAUGAUCACAGGCACCGCUCCCCUCGACGGCUGCAUCCUGGUGGUGGCAGCCAAUGAUGGCCCCAUGCCCCAGACCAGAGAGCACUUACUGCUGGCCAAGCAGAUUGGAGUAGAACACGUUGUGGUGUAUGUGAAUAAGGCAGAUGCUGUCCAGGACUCUGAGAUGGUGGAGCUAGUUGAGCUGGAGAUCCGAGAACUACUCACUGAGUUUGGCUACAAAGGGGAGGAGACCCCUGUCAUCGUAGGCUCUGCCCUCUGUGCCCUCGAGCAACGUGACCCUGAGCUAGGCGUGAAGUCUGUGCAGAAGCUGCUGGACGCUGUGGACACCUACAUCCCAGUGCCUACCAGGGACCUGGAGAAGCCUUUCUUGCUGCCUGUAGAGUCAGUUUACUCUAUCCCUGGCCGGGGCACAGUGGUGACAGGUACACUAGAGCGUGGCAUUUUGAAAAAGGGAGACGAGUGUGAGUUCCUGGGACACAGCAAGAACAUUCGCACUGUGGUGACAGGCAUUGAGAUGUUCCAUAAGAGCCUAGAGAGGGCAGAGGCAGGUGACAACCUUGGGGCCCUGGUCCGAGGCUUGAAGCGGGAGGACUUGAGGCGAGGCCUGGUCAUGGCCAAGCCAGGUACCAUCCAACCUCACCAGAAAGUGGAGGCACAGGUUUACAUCCUCAGCAAGGAGGAAGGUGGCCGUCACAAGCCCUUUGUAUCCCACUUCAUGCCCGUCAUGUUCUCCCUGACUUGGGACAUGGCCUGUCGUGUCAUUUUGCCUCCAGGGAAGGAGCUUGCCAUGCCUGGGGAGGAUCUAAAGCUCAGCUUAAUCUUGCGGCAGCCAAUGAUCUUAGAAAAAGGCCAGCGUUUCACCCUGCGAGAUGGCAACCGGACCAUCGGCACCGGUCUUGUCACUGACACGCCAACCAUGACUGAGGAGGACAAGAACAUCAAGUGGAGUUGAGUCUGGACCUCUGCUCAGGCUCUCUUGUGUUCAGGGCUGCACUGGUCAGUGUUCUCUCCUUCUGGUGCCCCCCCUUCCCAGGGCACAGGCUGCAACCCAGCAUAGUGCAGCUAGACUGACACUUUCCCUGGUCAGAAGGGGCCACAUGGCCUGCCAGGUGAGGUAGGUCAAUAAACUGUUCUGUGAAUAGUAAACUA